GAACGCACCGCCCUCGCUGCCCACUAGUGGAGUAGUAUCUCUACCCCCGCUCUUUGCUUGCCUCAGACGCUGCUUGCCAUUAACCCCCUGCCCACACCCCCCGCAUUUACCAAUCCAUCCAGGAAAACGAAGAAAGCAAGUAACCCCAAAGCUCUCUAGUCUUUGCCGUGAGGAAUCGACAGAGAUACUCGAUUCCAUCCGAUCUGUUAAGGGGGCGCUGUUGCAUCCAACAAAUAGGUUUUACUUCUCCUGCCGAGGCUAUAUGGCUGAGAAUGAGACAGGAGGCGCACAUCAUUUGCCUGCAAGCUCUGAUGUGUUGGCUUCUAAUCUUCACUCCAGGGUGGAGUUCCACAAGAAUGCCUACUUGGACUACGUUAGGAUCAGUGAUGCGCUUCACUGUGUCAUGGAGGAAAAAGCAAAGCUUCAGCUAGAACAGAAUACGACGGGGCAACUGGUCGCUGAAAAGGACAAACUGAUCACUGAGAAGGGCAAGCUGGUCGCUGAAAAGGACAAACUGAUCACUGAAAAGGACAACCUGGUCGCUGAAAAGGACAAACUGAUCGCUGAACUGAAAACAAAGAAUGAAAAACAGGCAGCAGAGAUUGAAUCUCUUAAGGAACAGCUCGCAGCAAGGGAGUCGAGCAAUCCACUACUGGCACUGGAGGGAAGUGUUCUUCAGAGUAGCCAGUCUAGAAGAGUGCAUACAAGAUCAAUGCAUAAACGGACACGAGAAUCUGAUGGCAAUGGUGAAGUUGCUGAUGAGUAUGCUGUUAUGGACAAUCCUGAUCAAGGUUUAAGCACUGAGCUUGAGAAUGCUAAAAACGCACUUUCUGAUAUAGAUUCUGAGCUGAUGAAGGGAUUCAUGUAUAUUAGUGCUGCAUCACGGAAGAUUGCAAUAAAGAACAUAGGCCAAUUGAGCGACAAGCCCUUCCAACAGGCAUGCCUUAAUAAGCUGCCUCCAGAAGAAGCUUCAGCGAAAGCUUCUGAGUUGCACAACUUUUGGCAGAAGCAGCUGCUGAACCCAGAGUGGAAUCCCUCCAAAAUUGUCAUGGAUGAAGGUAUCCCUAAGGAGAUUGAUGUCGAUGAUGCCGAUCUGCUAGAGCUACGUGCUGAAUGGGGUGAAGAGGUGUACAAGGCUGUGGUGAAUUGUUUGGUGGAAAUUGAAGAAUGUGGCAGGCUGACUGACAGAGCCAUCAUACCCGUGAUUUGGAAUUACAAGGAGGACAGAAAGGCCACUCGCAGUGAAAGUGUUGAGUACAUGUGCUACCAAGUGAAGCGUCUGAGCAGUCUGAGAGGCAGGGCGAUUCCAACUCGCAGGAACUGACUUUGUAGGAGCAAGGCAGGCUGGUGCAACAACAUGAAGGUCUGUCGUAUCCGACUCCAUUUUGGAAACAGGGGCAGUAGAAGUAGCAAACCUAUGGUGAAGAACUGAAGGCUGGAGAGUCUGAUUUUGUCGAAGAAUGAAACCGCAGCUGAUCGUCUGGCAGAACAUUGUCAUGAUCCGUGUGUUAUGAGAUCGUUUAGUACUACCUAACUACCUGGAACCUUAAAAUAGAUUAACGCAAGCAGCUCUUUUGCCCGUCGUAUUUUAGGUUUCAGUGUUCUUCUAGACUCUCCAGCAGCAAUUCAGCGGUACCUAGAUUGCUUUGAACUGUAAAGCUUGAUGUCUGAUGCCGGCAACUUUUGCAUCGUUGCACUGUCGUGCUGCACUGCAAACGACAUCCAUUAAACUAGCCGUUUAAAUGAUCUCUUGCCUGUUUUA